AUGCCCCAUUCCCCAAUCCCAAUCCCAUUCGCAAUCCCAUUUCCAUCUUCCCGAUUCCCAAUCCGAGAAUCCAUCCACAAAGGAACCAGCAGAGAACCCACUCCGCCCCCACGAAAUCACGAGACAAGAAGAGGAAAAGAACAAGAAGGAUGA